AUGCCCAUACCGCGUAAAUUAUGGGAGCAUCCAGAUCCAAAGUCGACGGCAAUGUGGAAAUUCAUGCAAAAUGCAAAUGCUAAACAUGGAUUGAAGAUGGAGGCAAAACAGACCUAUCGUGAUUUGUACGCGUGGAGUGUUGGUCCAAAUCGAACUGAUUUCUGGGAUGACGUAUGGAAGAUAUCCAAUUUGAUUUAUUCUGGUUCCUACGAUCAGGUCGUCGAUACUUCGAUUCCCAUGGAAGAAAAUCCCCACUGGUUCCAGGGCACAUAUCUCAACUUUGCGGAAAACAUUCUCUUUACAGCAUCUGACACGGAUUCAUCGCUUUGCACUACUUUACACAAAGAAGACGACAAAAUCGCACUGACAGAAAUCCGAGAAGGAAAUACAGAUGUCGCGCAUCUAACUUGGGGCGAGCUUCGCCGCCGCGUGGGCCUUCUUUCGAAUGCACUGCGUGCAAAUGGAGUGCAGAAAGGAGAUCGAGUCGCCCUCGUUGCGUCCACUAGUUUCGACACAUUCAUUGUCUUCAUGGCUACAGUCAGCUUGGGCGCGCUCUUCAGCUCCAGCAGUACCGACAUGGGCGCAAAAGGCAUUCUCGAGCGCCUCGUGCAGAUUAAGCCAAAAUACGUCUUUGUGGACGACUGGGCUGUGUACAACGGCAAGACGAUAGAUCUACGGCCCAAGAUUAGCCAGCUUGUUGCUGGCAUGCACGACGUACCGGAAUUCGAAGGCGUAGUAACACAGCCCCGGUUUCGCGGCUGUCCAGUAGGCAUAGAAGGGUUGGGCAGUACGCAGACACUCGCGACCUUUUUGCAAGCAGCGCAAGGAAACGAGGACCUUGUUUUCGAGCGAGUUGCGUUUCGCGACCCUUUUCUGAUUGUGUAUUCUAGUGGAACGACAGGUGUGCCGAAAUGCAUUGCGCACUCGACUGGCGGCGUGCUGGUCAACGUGUGUAAAGAGAGUAUUCUGCACAAGGAAGUGACGCCGGAAAGUGUGGUGCUGCAAUAUACAACUACUGGCUGGAUCAUGUACCUCGUCUCCAUCCAGAUCCUCCUCUUCGGCUGCCGCAGCAUCCUCUACGACGGCUCACCCUUCCGCCCAACCCCCCAAGGCUUCCUCUCCAUCCUCUCCUCGCAGCGCGUCACAGACUUUGGCACAUCCCCCCGCUUCCUGCACGAGCUUCAAAAAAGGAACAUCCGGCCACGCUCGCUCUUCGACCUGUCACACCUCAAAAGCGUAGGCACAACCGGCAUGGUACUCCCCGAAGCGCAAUUCACCUGGUUCUACGACGACGCCUUCCCCGCCUCCGUCCACCUACGCAACAUAUCCGGCGGCACCGACAUCGCGGGGCGCUUCGGCAUGGAAAAUCCACUCGAACCCCUAUACGCAGGCGGCUGUCAAGGCCCCUGUCUCGGUACAAAAGUCGAAGUCUACAACGCCCUGAUCCCCAGCGGCCAACCCGGUGAAGCAGUGCCAGACGGCGUGUCCGGCGAGCUAGUCGCCACGGCCUCGUUUCCCAACCAGCCCGUUUGCUUUUGGGGCGACGACGCCAGCGCGAAAAAGUACAAAGCAGCGUACUACGCGCGGUUUCCGCACGUCUGGACCCACGGCGACUUCAUCCAGAUGCAUCCCGUCACGGGCCAGAUAUUCUUUCUCGGGCGCGCAGACGGCGUCUUGAAUCCGUCGGGCGUGCGUUUUGGGUCCGCGGACAUUUACAGUGUCAUCGAAGCGCAUUUUCCAGAGGUCGCAGAUUGCAUUGUUGUUGGGCAGCGCCGCCCCCACGAUGCGGAUGAGAGCGUCAUGUUGUUUUUGAAAAUGGCACCCAGAUGCGAAUUUCGAGAGGCGCUGGUCGAGCGGAUUAAGAGUAAGAUUGCCGAAGAGAGGAGUAAGAGGCAUGUUCCGAAGUUUGUGUUUCAGACUUGGGAGAUUCCGACAACUGUAAACCUCAAAAAAGUCGAACUCCCCGUCAAACAAAUCGUCUCAGGCAAGAAAAUUAAACCCAGCGGCACACUACUGAACCCCCACUCACUGCAAUUCUACGAACAAUUCGCAAACGUAGAAGAUGUCGUUGCGAGACUGAAUAAAGAAAAAAAGGUGAGGAGGAGAUGUACAUUAUAG